UUCCCCAAUUGUUAUUUAUUUAUAACAAAAAAAAAAAAAAAUACAAUACAGUUGUUCUCACUCUCUAAUGGCUUCCACCCUCUACGGCCACCUUGCUACCCCUACUCUUCCCUCUCGCAAGCUAUCUUCCUUGUCAUGCCCAACCAUGUUCCAUUCGGCACUUUCCUUUUCCAUCGCCACUACUAAAGCCAAACAUGGUUCCGCACCUAAGGUGGUGUGCAAUGCUCAGAGUGCUCCGGCGGCACUCAAUUUAGCUCCGGGAACACCUGUGAGGCCGACUAGUAUACUAGUUGUGGGGGCCACCGGCACAUUGGGGAGGCAGGUAGUGAGGAGAGCAUUGGACGAGGGCUACGACGUCAGAUGUCUUGUAAGGCCUAGGCCUGCUCCUGCCGAUUUUCUUCGUGAUUGGGGCGCUACGGUUGUCAAUGCAGAUUUAAGCAAACCUGAAACAAUUCCAGCAACAUUGGUUGGAGUCCAUACAGUUAUUGAUUGUGCUACUGGACGCCCUGAGGAGCCUAUAAAAACUGUAGAUUGGGAAGGAAAAGUGGCUCUUAUACAAUGUGCAAAAGCCAUGGGCAUUCAAAAAUUUAUAUUUUUCUCUAUUCACAACUGCGACAAGCAUCCUGAAGUUCCUCUGAUGGAGAUCAAACACUGUACAGAGAAGUUUCUCCGCGAUUCAGGCCUGAACCACGUUGUAAUUCGGUUAUGUGGCUUCAUGCAGGGCCUUAUUGGUCAAUAUGCAGUGCCUAUAUUAGAAGAGAAAUCUGUAUGGGGAACCGAUGCUCCCACUCGAAUAGCAUACAUGGACACCCAAGAUAUUGCUCGGUUGACAUUCAUAGCUUUACGCAAUGAGAAUAUUAAUGGGAAGCUUCUCACUUUUGCUGGGCCUCGGGCAUGGACAACCCAAGAGGUGAUAACAUUGUGCGAGAGACUUGCUGGUCAAGAUGCCAAUGUGACUACAGUGCCUGUCUCAGUUUUGCGAUUUACACGUCAGCUGACUCGGUUGUUUGAGUGGACGAAUGAUGUUGCUGAUAGAUUGGCAUUUUCAGAGGUUUUGACAAGCGAUACUGUGUUCUCAGUUCCUAUGGCAGAGACAUAUAACCUUCUGGGUGUGGAUGCAAAAGACGUCAGUUCACUGGAGAAAUAUCUGCAGGAUUAUUUCACCAAUAUACUGAAGAAGUUGAAAGACCUUAAGGCUCAAUCGAAGCAAACUGAUAUUUUCUUUUGAAAAAAGUACUACUUUUCUUUUUUAUGUUGUUGUAUUUUGGAAUUUCCUAGUUAUAAUGUAAAGAAGAUAAAGAAAGAAUAUGACUAACUUUGAUUUAAAUGAAAGCUACUUUAAUUUUCUGAAA